CGUUGAUACUCGCUCAGAUGCUACCACUGUUCAGCCAGCUGGUGCAGUGCAGCAGACAUUUUCUGCUCCAUCUUCUUCUCUGAGUUCUUUGACAUUACAUGGACAAUCUGGAGGGGGGCCUUGGAUCCAGUCUGCUGAGGAAGCUUUCCUCCAGGAAGAAUCACCAGCGCAACAACAGCCCUCAGCCUCCAGGUGACAAUGAACAGGGGGCGAGUGGUGAUGACAGUGGGGCAGGCAGGCUCAGCCGCAGAUUCUCCCGAAUGAGCAGCAGACAUCAGUCCAGGGAUCCUCCAAGACCUCCAGCUCAUCAGGAAAGGCCUCCUGCUCCACCUGUUCAGGAAGAUGAAAGGCUUCCUCCACCAGCCCUUGCAGUGUCUCCCCCUCCAGCACCUUCUCCUUUCCCCAUUCCCAUGGAUCGGCCACCUAAACGCCCCGACAAAUCCACGAAGCCAAAGCUCCCACCUCGGCCUCUUUCCAAGGUGUUCAGUAGUGAUGAACACGGAUCGGCUGUGUUGCAGGGAGGCAUGAGGGAGCAGGAGAUGAGAGAGAUCAAGCUGUAUGGGGUCACUAAAGCAGGCUUAAAGAACAUCAUAGAGUUCAUUUACACAUCCAAAGUCAGCCUUGACAUGGGCAACCUCCAGGAUACACUUGAAGCUGCAAAUUUCUUGCAAGUCAUGCCUGUUUUGAGCUUCUGCAACGAACUUCUGAGCAGUGAGAUUACCAUUGAUAACUGUGUGGAAGUGGAAAAGAUUGCUACAGACCUGCUUCUUGAAGACGUUCUGGUGAACAUAGGUAAGUUUGUGAGCCAGAACCUCACAGCGUUGGUUGAUUCUGGUCGCUACCAGCAGCUCUCAGAGACCAGCAUCGCCAAUGCUCUGGCCAGCAACUCGCUGAGCGGUUUUUCCGAGCUGGAGCUCUACCACAUUGCCAAAGGUUGGCUGGAGCACGACCCUCCCUCACGUCACUCCUCCGUUUACGCCUUGAUGCGCCACAUUCGUUUCCCACUUAUGAGCCCCAAUGAGCUGAUUCAGAUCUCCCAAGAUGAGGAGGAGGAAAGUGACUCCAUGAUGCGCUCUGAUACUGCCUGCGUGAACCUCCUGCUGGAGGCCAGUAACUACCAGAUGAUGCCUUACAUGCAGCCAGCCCUGCAAACCGAGAGGACGCAGAUUCGAUCAGACGCCACUCACAUCCUGGCGCUCGGAGGCGUGAUGAGACAACAACUGGUGGUGAGCCGGGAGCUAAGGCUUUAUGAUGAGAACACCGGCUACUGGAGGCCUCUGAAGCCCAUGGAUGUGCCUCGUUACCAACACGGGGUGGCUCUUCUUGGAGGCUUCCUCUUUAUUGUUGGAGGUCAGAGCACAUACGACACAAAGGGCAAGACGGCCAUAGACAGCGCCUAUCGCUAUGAUCCACGCUUUGACAAAUGGCUUCAGAUUGCCUCACUCAAUGAGAAAAGGACAUUUUUCCACCUCAGCGCUCUGAAAGGGAAACUGUUUGCAGUGGGAGGAAGAAACGCCUCAGGGGAAAUCGACACAGUGGAGUGCUACAACUUAAAGAAAAAUGAGUGGACCUUUGUAACCAACAUGGUGGAACCUCACUAUGGGCAUGCUGGAACAGUUCAUGGCGGUCUCAUGUACAUCUCAGGUGAGGGAACCAGCG